UAUACAGAAGGUUCUUUAAAGUCGUACCAGUGCAAAACGCGAUGCGGUUACUUGCAGCGGUCCACAUUAAGCGCACGUUUUAUUAAUUUUCAGUGCGACAAUUACUGCCACACAUAUAAUUAAUUAUCCGUAACGUUAAAUUAAGUUAAGUUUAAAAUAUGUUAUUCAGGACAAAUUGUGCGAAAUUUGUGAUAGUUAUCGUAGGAUACGUUCUGGUGGCUGUUGUUUCAGAUAGUUUGGAACAAAAAUCCAGGGUUAAGCGACCUAGGGCACCACCGACAGAGCCAGAAAAUGACGUAGAUGGGGAUCUGGACGAGAGAAAUAAUGAACUGAGUACCAGUUUUGUUCCUCCUGGAUUUCUGAGCCCAUCAGUGCUAGAAUAUUUGGAAUUGGGAAAAUCAAUACCAGGUCGACCUGGUACUGAUUACCCCGUCCUGGGAAUAGUGCCCUACACCAAUUUCUAUUGCGACGAGCAACCGUAUCCCGGUUUCUUCGCGGAUCCAGAGACCAGAUGUCAAAGUUGGCACUACUGUGACAUCGAUGGACGACAAACGACGUUUCUAUGUCCCAACGGAACCCAGUUCAGCCAGCUGGUGUUCGUGUGCGACUGGUGGUUCAACGUUAGAUGCGAACUGAGCGAAAAGUUAUAUGCCAUAAAUGCCAGACUGUAUGGAAGACCUAAACUGGAUCCCGCGAAGCCCCACAGAAGCAUAACCAAGCAGCUGCUAGAAAACAUUUUCAACGAUGAGGAGAAUUAGAGAACUUACUAAUUUCAGUGACUUUUAUGUUGUUUCCUUAUUUUGCUUGAAAAGUAUCUAUCUGGCUUUCCUUGGAUUCAGUGUCCAGUAUAAGAUCUAAGCAGUAACCACAUUAGAAAUAUGGAGAUAUUAGGACAAAUAGUAUCUAUAUCUGUUUGUAGUGAGACUAGAAAACAUUAGAUAUUUUUCAUCAGUAUUUUCAUGUAAAUUUUUUAAUUAUUUUUUUUUUGUUAGUUAUAUCUGUAUAAUAGUUGUUAAUCAUGCAUCAAUUGUUGUAUAAAAUUUACUAAAUUAUAUGAAAAUCACGAUAUAUAAACAAGCAAACCUGUAAAAAUCAGUAAACCUAGAUGCCAUCUCAUGACGUAAUUCAAUAGGGUAGAAAAUAAUCCAAACCAAUCAUAGAUGUAGUUUUUUUUAAUAAAUAAAGUAUUUGUUAUGUUGUUAACAAGAUUACAGAA